GAAUUGCGACAUCUCUUCACUUCUUUUAAAUACAUGAUGGAUACUGUGAAGACAUCCCAGAAUAAAAACGAAGAAUUAAUCUGUUAUUGGAAAGAUUGUAUGAAACCUUUUCCAAACCAUGACUCUUUGAGUCAACAUUUAUCUGAAGAUCAUAUUGGUUGGAAAAAAGGGGAAUACUUUUGCGAAUGGACCAACUGUGCGCGAAAAGGCGUCAAGUGCCAUAAUAGAUUUGCUCUCAUGAUGCAUUUACGUAUUCAUACGGGUGAAAAGCCUUUUGAAUGUGAUAUUGAUGGAUGUGGUAUGAAUUUCGGACGUAUGGAUGCUCUUUCUAGACACAAAAAGGCAGAACAUGGACUAGAUUCUCAAACAGAUGGACCCAAAAAGGGAACGAUAAUACAAGAUUCCAAAGUGACAACAGUAGCACCAAGUCCUCGUACUCUUAGCAAGAAGCGAAAGAUGGUACGCGAAGAUCAUUCUGAAAAGCAUAAACGGGGAAAACCAGAUACUGGAAGACAGCCAUCAAGUGAUAUGGAUGAUUCUGAAGAUUUGGAUACAUAUGAAGCACCAGCUUCAUUAUCUUUAGGUGCCACGACAAGUACGCAUACCCCACAAUAUCAGCAGGAUCAACAACAACAGCAACUACAACAAUCACAACAACAACUGCAACUACAACAACAGCAACAACAGCAACGCAAUACACAUUCAUCAUCAACAACAUCCUCCUCUUCUGGAUUGUCUCCUCAACAUAAAUACAAAAUCGCUAAAGCCAAACUACAGUAUAUCUUGCGGGAAAAUGAGAUGCUAAAUGAUGAAUGGAUCUCAUUACAGCGACGACUCAAUCGACUACAAACAGAACGAAGGGUAUUGCUAGAUGCAUUGAUGACAGCUGAAGAUGAUCAAGAUGGUGAUGCUCUUUCAAUUGAUGAAGAAGAUGACGACGAUAUGGACGACGAUCUGACAAUCAAGAGACAUGAUCCCAAUGUAGACAUUCCAAUCAUAGUAGAAUCAAGUCGUCGAAACAAUGGAUUUGUAGCAUAGUUAUUAAUUCUUUAUUUUAUAUAUCUUCCUUUUAUCAUCAUCCAUACCUCAAAACUUUGUUUUACAAAGUGCUUGACUUUUUUUUUUUUUAUUUUACUGUCAACACUGCCAGACAACCAACACAAUUACACAGAAUCACAUACGCAACCGCACACAUGAUCACACACAAAUAUAUAUAUAUAUAUAUAUAAUUACACUCUUUAUUAUCUGAUUUCACCAAUAAAAAAAACAAUAAAU